GGCAGCCAUUUUGAAGGGAAAUUGGCCACAUUAAAUUUGAACUUAAAAUUUGGAUAUGCGCAUUAUAAUUCCUAAACCGCAUUCCGAAAAAGUUAUUUUGAUUUAUGAAUAACAAAACUUAAUGGUUAAAAAACGCCUGUUGCAAAUUAAUAUUUAAUGAGAAUGGAUCAGUUUGAUAAAACGUUACUUUCAAAUUCUGUUGAGGCGUCAUGUAAUAAUUUUUUCCUCGAAUUUUUGCAGAACCCUUCAAAAAAGAAAGAUGAUGAAAUAGCUAAUUACGUUUGCUACAUCUGCAAGAAAACAUUUUACAAUGCGAAUGCUCUAAAAAACCAUAAAAACAUGCAACACAGCUCUAACGAUUCCGGCGCAGAAGACUAUCCACCUUUAAAUAGACGUGAACAGAUAUUGGAUGCUCUCUGCGAUUUUCAAUUUUACCCGUUAAAGAAAUACGAGGAGGAUUUAAAAGUAGACACAGAUGGAGUAACCAAACGAACCUACAGUGAAAGCACUAGUUAUUUGAUUGUAAAAUACGAGAGCAGUGAGAGUGCGCGAGUGAAAAAAUCGCGUCUCGAUAGCAUGAUCAAAAAAAUGCAAUCGAAGCCUGAAAAGAAACCGGUGGAUUUGAGGGGUCCUUUUACUUGCACUCUACUAUCAAACGUAGGUGUUCAAUGUCGCCAAAUAUUCUUUAAUUGCUGCGAAUAUUCUUUACAUUACCGGGAAGAGCACACAAAGAGGCGGAAGGCUGCUCUGCGAUGCCAGGUUUGCGAGAAACGCCUGGACAGGAAUUUGUACCCGACAAACGCGUUGCCAUCUCAGAUCGAAUCUCAUAGCAUUACCACCUUUUCAUGCCACACUUGUGCAAUAACUUUCUUCGAUAGUGCCCAAUACGAUGAGCACAAACGUAUCGUGCAUGCGAAAAUGAAACCUCACCAGUGCUCUAUUUGUUCGAAGCGUUUCACUCAAGUAGGUGGUCUCCAGCAGCAUAUGCGUAUGCACAACGGUAUUCGACCGUUCGUUUGCAAGUUUUGCAACAAAGCAUUCACCCAAAAGGCAGGUCUGGACCAGCACUUGCGCACCCAUACGAAAGUCAAGCCAUUCAAAUGCAUAAUAUGUUGCAAAUGUUUCUCGCAAUCGGUUCACCUCCGUCAACAUAUGCGGACGCACACUAACAUACAACCGUUCGGGUGUCCUAUUUGCAAGAAGAGGUUUAAGCAGAGCAGCCAUUUAAACUUCCACAUGCGGUCACACAUGGACGAGACAAGUGCGUUGCUGAUGGAGCAGUAUGUUCAGGCAGUACAGGAACAGAAUCAAAAUAUGGAUUUUUUCAACUUAUCCAAUGUACAACCAGUGCAAGAUGGUGACACUCUUUACUAUGCGGCUCAGUUAACCUCGGGACCGGAGCCAGCAGCUACGAACCCCUAUCUUCUUCAAGUGCUACCAUCAAAUAAUAUACUUUAACAUAAUAUUGUAUCGUUUUAAGUUUAAUAAGCCAAUAUUCAUUGAGUUCUCUGAUUGUCAACAGUUAUAAGUUCAGAGACAUUAAGCUUACGAAUCGUGAUAGAAAAAUUUACUAACUUUAUUCUGUCGACGGGAAAAUACAGUUUGUUAAUAAUACCUAAUAGUUA